AUGGCAAAAAAAAGAGUAAAGAAACCAAAUACUUGGGAUCCAAAUUAUAAUAAAAGUAAUAAAAAAUCCAAAUUAGAAUCAAAUGAAAAUAAAGUUGAAACUAAUAAUAAUAAUGAAAUAAUAAUAGGUAAUAAUAGUGGUAGUGGUAAUGAUGCAUAUAUAACAACAGCAGGUGAUAAAAAGAUUGAUAGUAAGAACUUUUGGAAUAAUAUUGAACCAAAGAGUGAAAUAUUUGAACAAUACUACAAGGCAAUGGGUAUCAUUGAUAAUGAAGAAGAGUUUAAAAAGAUGUUUGAAUUAAUGGGUAAACCAUUACCAACCACAUUUCGUAUUAAUACUACGAUUGGAAAGAGUUUACAAUCAUUGGUAAUCGAUCAAUUGAAAGAGUUGGUCAGUGAGAGUAGUGGUUAUAAAGACAUUGAAAUCGAUGGUGAAUUGGUUGAAUUGCCAUCACCAUUUUCAUGGUAUCCAAAUGAAAUGGCAUGGAAAUCGUCAAUUCCAAAGAAAUCAUUUAAAAAGAAUCCAGAGUUAUCAAAAUUCCAUCAUUUCUUAGUCCACCACAAUCAACAAGGUAAUAUCACUCGUCAAGAAGCAGUCUCAAUGAUUCCACCACUCUUUUUAGAUGUUCAAUCACAUUAUAACAUUUUGGAUAUGUGUGCUGCACCAGGUAGUAAAACCACCCAAAUCCUUGAAGACCUUCAUAUGAAACAUAAUUUAGAGAAUGAGGAAAUCAUUAAAAGAUCAUUAAAAGUCGAUGGUGGUGAUUCUGGUUCAUCAAAUGAAAAACCAUCAAUUUAUAUUCCAAAGGGUUGUAUCAUUGCAAAUGAUGUCGAUACAAAUCGUUGUUAUAUGUUGGUUACUCAAACCACUCGUCUUGGUAGUCCAGCAAUUAUCGUAACCAAUCAUGAAGCUCAAAAUUUCCCAUUACUCUACUCAAAGAAUAGUGAUGGUAGUGAAUCCCCAAUUUACAUGGACAGAAUUCUUUGUGAUGUGCCAUGUAGUGGCGAUGGUACCACUAGAAAGAAUCCAGAGGUUUGGAAAAAAUGGACUCAUGCAGGUUCAAUUGGUUUACAUCAACUUCAAAUUAAAAUUGCAACUCGUGGUUGUCAAUUAUUAAAGGUUGGUGGUCGUAUGGUUUAUUCAACAUGUUCAAUGAAUCCAGUUGAAAAUGAAGCAGUCAUCGCUCAAAUCAUUCAAAAAUCUGGUGGUUCUAUUAAAUUGGUUGAUGUUUCAUCACAAUAUCCAUCAUUAAUUCGUAGACCUGGUCUUCAUAGUUGGACUGUCAUUGAUAAGGCUGGUAAUUUCCCAACCUUUGAAAGUCAACCGGAAGAUAAAAAAUAUAAAUUAAGUAAAACCCUUUGGCCACCAACACCACAAGAAGCAAUCGAUAUGCAUCUUGAAUAUUGUAUGCGUGUUUAUCCACAUCUCCAAGAUACUGGUGGUUUCUUUAUUGCUGUUUUAGAAAAAGUUUCAGAUUGUCCAAAUCAAAUUGGUAAAAAAACUGGCCCAUUAAAUCAAAUUGAUAAUGAUCAAACUAUAAUAACAACAACAGCAACAACAACAACCACCGAUAAUACUACUACUACAGAUGAAAAAACUACAGAAACAACAAUAGAAAAUCAACCAAAAAAACAAAUUAAAAAUGAUAGACAACCAAAAUUAAAAGAAAGAGAUAAGAGACAAAAAUUCUUUGAAGAACCAUUUACAGUACCAAGUGAAGAAUUAAAGAAAGAAUUGGAUGUAGUUUCUAAAUUUUAUGGAUUAAUUGAAUUUCCAAUGGGUAAUUUAUUAACAAGAGGUAAAAAUAGUCAAAAGAUUUAUUGGGCAUCAGAUAGUGUUCUCUCAAUCAUUAGUAAUGAAUCCAAUAACUCAUUAAAGGUUAUUAAUUGUGCAUUGAAAUUAUUCCAACGUCAUGAUGGUUUAGGUGCAAUGGAAUGUGCUUAUAGAAUAUCACAAGAUUCUGUACUUUGGAUUGAACCAUUCUUGAGCAAACGUAUCAUCACUAUGACUCAUGACGAUUUGGUUAUGAUUUUCAAAAAGAAUGAACCUUUCUUCACCGAUUUCAAUGAAUCAAUUUGUGAUCAAUUAAAAGCUAUGGAACCAGGUUGUUUCGUUAUUAAAAUUAGUGGUGCUUUACGUGAAACUCUAUCAUCAGGUAUGGUUUUCUCUGCCUGGAGAGGUAAAGUUUCAAUGCAUCUUUUAGUUUCAAAACAAGAAAUUGAAUCUUAUAAAGGUAUUUUCCAUGUCAUCGAUGAUCCAGUAUCUCCAACUAAUAAUACUGCUAUCGAAUCAGUUAAAAAAGAUGAAUCAAAAGAAAUUUCUUCUGAAAUUGUCCAAGAUCAACCAAAAGAACAAAAAGAUCAAAAUUGA